AUGGCCGUUCUCAAUACCGUCGCCAACAUCGCCAGCGCUGUGUUUGGCAGCCUCGCGCCGUUCCACCUGCUGCUGUACUCGACCCUCCUCGGCACCGAGCUCUAUCAAACAUUCGUCAACACCAAGGUCUGCUACGUGACCCUGCCCCGGUCGGCAUUCACGACGCUUCAGAAGCGCAUCUUCCCCAUCUACUUCCGCAGCCAGUCGGUUCUGCUGCUCCUGACUGCCGUCACCUUGCCCCCCCACGGUCCACUCUCCCUCGUGCAGAAGAGGGCCGACUGGGUCCCGUUCGCGGUCGCAGGCGUCACGGCGCUGCUGAAUUGUCUGGUGCACGGGCCGCGGACGCAGAAAGCGAUGGUGGACUGCAUCCAUCAAGAGACGCGAGACGCUCUGCUGGGCCAGCAAGACGACCACAAUCACGGCGGCAGUGGGCCUUCCGCAGAUAUGCAACGUCUCCGGAAAGUCUUCUCCAGAAACCACGCCAUGUCCAUCCAUCUGAAUCUGAUCUCAAUUGGGGCCAUGGUGGUCUACGGCUGGAGGUUGGCGUCCCGGUUAGCGGUCGCCGAGGCGUAA